CAUGAACGUUCGCAUAGUCGCAUACAAGUCACAUCCGUGACUGACCAAUGUAGUUGUUGCUUGCAGCAUUCAUGCUUCCGACGACUGCCGUCCUAACAACACGCCGAAAAACACAUCUUGAUUGUGGCUGAGGAACAUCAUGACUUCCAGCUCCAAGAAAAAGAAGGAGAAGAAAAAGGACUUUCAGAAAGUUAAGUUGAGGGUCGGAAAAGGUGCGCCCAAAGCUGCCAACAGCACAAGCACGAGUUUCAGAGCCAAAUCAAUCGCUUUGAAACAACAGGCGCUCUCUACAACUGCUCCGACAACAGAAGCGCAAUGUGCACAUCACCUUGGACUACUUAAUCACAAAUCGGACACACAGCGAAAGGAAUCUCUCGCCUACUUGACUACAGCAAUCAUCAGCAAUCCUCCCGGAACUCCACUACCCCAGCCAGCAUCCGUCAUCAUUCCUACGGUCCAGCGACUUAUCCUUGACGGCUCAAAGGGCGUACGUGAGCAACUUCUCAAGCUUCUGCGCAGCCUGCCCAAGGUAGAUGUCGCAGGCCAUGCAGACCAGCUCUUGCUCCACACCAGAGCUGGUAUGACGCACUUGGCCACCGAAAUCCGAACCUUCGCCCUCGACGUUCUCGAAUGGCUGCUUGAAGUCGCGGGUGAUGAGGUUGUCAGUUGCGCCGGAGGCUGGGUCAAGAUGUUGAAAUGUUUCCUCAGUCUGCUUGGCUGGCAGAGCGAGGCCGCAAGUAAAUGGUCGACUCCGGGGUCACUUGUCAAAUCAACAGCGACAUCCGGCUCCAAGCUGCAGGUCAAGCAGAUUUCCGCGUUAGCUAUGUUUCUCCGGAUUGGACUCUAUCACGCCCAGGCGGUGGCUUCGGUAGUGCUAAGCGACAGCGAUUUUCCGCUCUGGCAGACCCAGCACCACGUACUGUCGGAACGCUCAAACGUCUAUGCGCAUCUAAACCUUUUUGGUGCAACAAGAGACGAGGAGGCGGAGAUGUACGAGGAUCGCGAAGAUCGGCAAAGAGUGUUUCACAACAGGGCGGAAGCCGCAGUUAUUGCAGGGUUAGAGCAGGCUACCAAAGGUGGCGGAGAAAUGGGUCGUGCAGGCGCACAAUUGCGCAAGGCUGUUAGAGAGGGCAUGGCGGACUUUCACCGAGAAGAUGUUGCAGCUCCUUGAAAACUUGAUUGAAACCACAACGAUAGAUGAAUAUUUGUUUGCAUAUAGGGAAAUGAUGUAAAGACAUACAUAGCUUAGAUUACGAGCCUAGAUGUAAUUCUAAUCAAGUCAAGUGACAGG